GCUUCUUCUACCGAUCAUCAUUCCUCGAUGGGCAUAUUCACAUAAAUAGCAUUGCAUCCUAUAUCAGCAGCAGAUUGGACUGGGUCAAGAGAACCAGCUUGUGCUCCUCCCCCCAACAUAUUUUACAAUUUUCCGUCGGAUUCAGUCCCUAAUUGCAGAAACAUAGAAGAAUAAGUGUUCCAAGAGAAAGAAGUAUUUAUAACUACAAUCAUGGAUCCUAUUCAAGUUCUUUCUCAACCGAUCAAGUUUCAGGGAGGCCUCAAGGCUCCGAAUCGCACGUUGAAGAGUGCCAUGACGGAACGUCUUUGCACCUUUGACAAGCUCGAUCUGAACGCCCGAGGAAAACCCACCCCGGAAUACCUUGAACUCUAUCGCGUGUGGAGCGAAGGAAAGAUUGGAAUCAUCAUCUUGGGUAACAUACCCGUCCACCGUGAAUACCUCGAGGCGGAAGGAAAUCCUAUCAUCGACAAGGACUCUUCAUGGGACCCGGUGGAAGCUUUCAAGCCGGUCAUGGACGCAUCGAAGGCGCACGGCUCUUUGGUGAUUGGCCAAUUGACUCACGCGGGUAGACAGACGCCCAUUCAGAUCAAUCCCAAUCCCGUAUCAGCUUCAGAGACUCAAAGUCCUCCCUUCUUUGGGAUGGAAUUUGGCAAACCGAGAGCAUUGAGUGUGGAUGAGAUCCAUGACGUCGUUGAUAGGUUCGCUUACGGGGCUGAAGUGCUCUACAAAGCUGGAGCUGACGGGGCUCAGUUACAUGGGGCACAUGGGUAUCUGCUGUCCCAAUUCUUGUCUCCUCGAGUGAAUAAGCGGACGGAUGAAUACGGUGGAUCAUUCGAAAAUCGCAGUCGAAUAGUGUUUGAAAUUAUCGAUGCAAUCAAGAAAAGAGUCAAGGACCCCAAGUUUAUUUUAUCGAUCAAAUACAACUCUCAUGACUUUAUUGACGGCGGAUUCACGAAGGAGGACAGUCAGAUGAUGGCCAAAAAAUUGGAGGCUGCGGGGGUCGAGUUGAUUGAGCUUUCGGGGGGCACUUACGAACUGAUGCCGCUUGAAGAAAAGAGAGAAAGCACGUUGAAGAGAGAAGGAUUUUUCCUCGAAUUCGCCGAUGGAAUCCGUCCCCACUUGUCGGGUGCCUCGGUCCUUGCAGUCACCGGCGGUUUCCGAACUUUGGAAGGGAUGGCCUCGGCCGUCUCUUCCAAAGGCCGAACGUGUGAUGUCGUCGGAUUGGCCCGGCCGCUGGCCUAUGAGCCCCACUUCGUCGCCGAGCUCUUGGCGGGCAAGACCAAGCGGGCCAAACAGUUGGCUUUUGAUUCCAUGCUAAUUUUCGUCGCCUACCAUGUACUCAAAUUGAUUGCUCACAAAAAGCCCAUCCCUGAUCUUCAAAAUGAAGAGACCGCUAAGGAGCUUAUUGCGUCGCUUACUGCGAAAUAG